AGCAGCUCCAUUCGCCAUCUUUGAUCUUUGCAGAACUAUUUUCUUUCAGCAAGGUCGAUAGGACCUUUUUCUCUGUCUUUACGAUGUCCAGUGUCGAGCUUGUCUUUUUGAAGCUGAUUUUUCAGGCUCCUGUUGUGUCUUGACCCUUCCUGUUUGUCCGUGUUCAUGAGUUUGCCGAGGCUUGACAGCCAGACUAUCAAGGAUGUGCUUUGCUCCUUGUCUGUACCGAUACAGGUACCACUUGUCUGGUGGAAUUUUGGCAUGCUGCCGUUCGGGUAACCGUGACGCUCCUUCUUCAAGCCACCGCCAACUGCCUGUUCGUUGGACCGGAAUAGAACAAUGUAUCCUUCAGCGUUGGCGGUGUGACUGUAAACAGGUCUGGGUACUCAAAGAGGAUCGACCUCAACCCCGUACCUCUUGUACGAGGGCCCUUGCAGAGAAUUUACUUGAGGUGUGGGCAAAAGUGAUCCAUUUCAUGAAGCCUUAAAGGAGGAAAAAGAACUCUAUACCACAAUCACAGCCUUUUGGGGUAUGCUCUUCAUGACACCAGAUGAGAGAAAACUAAUAUCGAUAGGAUUUGAGACAGGUGUGGUCCAAAAAAA